AUCAGACAUCAUGUGGGCCAUACUCCUCCUUGCGAGCAUUGCAGCAGUUUCUGCUGAACCCAGAAGCUUUUAUGGGGAAAAAGUGUUUCGCGCACUACCACAAAAUGCUGAACACGUGGAACUUCUCAAAUCUAUGGCCCAAAUAGCUGGGCUUGAUUUCUGGCUCCCUGACACAGCAGAACUUGUAGAACAAGGAAAACGAGCUGAUUUCCAUGCCGAUAGCCGAGCCUCAUAUGAGGUUCAGGCCCUUCUCCAGCAAAGUGGGAUGCCCUAUGAAAUAAUGAUCGAUGAUCUGCAAGAAGCCUUAGAAAAACAGAGGGACAGCAACAUCAGGGCUGUUCACAGCUAUGAGAAAUACAAUGAUCUUGACACGAUCAAUGCUUGGUCUGCUAACAUUGCCGCUCAGAACCCAGGACUUGUGUCUCGUUCUCAGAUGGGAUCCUCAUAUGAAGGCCGUCCUAUUUACUUGCUGAAGGUUGGGAAAAGCGGUGUAAACAAGAAAGCUGUAUUCAUUGACUGUGGGUUUCAUGCUAGAGAAUGGAUCACCCCUGCUUUCUGCCAGUGGUUUGUUAAAGAGGCAGUGAACUCAUAUGGCGUUGAAGCUGAAUUUACCUCUCUGCUCGACAGCCUGGACUUCUACAUUUUGCCAGUAUUAAAUGUUGACGGUUACGUCUACACCUGGACCACUAACCGUAUGUGGAGGAAGACUCGUUCUCCUAAUGCAAACAGCUCUUGUGUUGGAACUGACCCAAACAGAAAUUUUAACGCUGGCUGGUGCACUGUUGGAGCCUCAUCAAGAGCCUGUGAUGAAACAUACUGCGGCGCAGCUCCUGAAUCUGAACCAGAGACAAAGGCUUUGGCUAACUUCAUCCGCCAAAACAUUGGUUCAAUCAAGGGUUACCUUACUAUCCAUUCCUAUAGUCAGAUGUUGUUGUUCCCCUAUUCCUACACUUAUUCCAUUGCUAAGGAUCACAAUGAGCUGAACUCAGUUGCUCAGGGAGCAGUAAACAAACUGACCUCACUGUAUAGAACCAAGUACACUUACGGUGCAGGAGGAACAACAAUCUACCUGGCAGCAGGUGGAUCAGACGACUGGGCCUAUGAUACAGGUGUGAAAUAUUCCUUCACCUUUGAGCUCCGUGACACAGGACGAUAUGGCUUUGCCCUCCCCGAAACUCAGAUCAAACCUACUUCUGAAGAAACUUUGCUGGCUGUUAAAUACAUUGCCAACCACAUUAAAAACAAUGCUUAAUGAAGUUAUUGCAUAAAGUGUAGUUAGUUAGUGUUAAUGGUUUCGGCAGGCCCAUUUGUAUUUAAUAUUUUCAAUUUUAAAAAUUACAUUUUCUUGAUGAUUUCAGGAACUUAAGUUGGUGUGUGAUUAAAUCAAAUUAAUUAAUUACAAAUACAUAAUACAAUCUUGUCAUUACUGGAUCAUUUCAUUCUAGCUAAACAAUAUGGUGGACAUAAUAUACAUAAUGAUGUUACCAGCAGCUUAAAAUAAAUUUUUGGGGGCUUC